UUGCCAGUGUGGUGCGAUAAGCAAACAUUUUGCGGUCAGGCAGUUUGAUAAUUUUCCUUAAGAAGAGUCAUCUGUUGCUCCACAAAUCUUCACUAUUUCAUCAUUUUUCAGUGCUUUAGGAGUGAAAAAAUCUUUCCCAAAAUGUGUGAUAGUGUUUGCGAUCCCAUUCAGAAACCUGAGGACUGCUGUUCGUCCAUGGAAUUGCCCGUUCUCAAGCCAUGCAUUCCAAUUCCUAUCCCAGAGGAGCAGCUGCUGGAUGUCAUCGACAAGUCCAAGGAUUGGGCAAUCAUGCAUGGUGCUGGAAUGCGUUCCAAGGCCAACUUCAAUCCGGAUGUCAUGCAGUUUGCUCCAUUUGUUCUGGUACCCAGCUCAUUUCCCCGGAAAGAAUUCGAGAAGGCAGUGAAGCUACAGACAAUCCUCAAUGAGUUGAUGCACAAGGUGGCGCAUGACACAGACUUCCUGCGCUCAACUCUGGCCAAUACUAUUCAGGUUGACGAAUUUACAGGGAAUUUAUUCCGGAUCUACGAAGAUAUCCUCAAGACAUGCUCUAACCAACGUCUUUCGCUUGGACUCUUCCGUUCCGACGUGAUGCUGGAAUCAUGUUGUCCGGAAAGUGACUCAGGUCCGGCAGCUUAUUGCUGCUGGAAGCAAGUGGAGAUUAACACAAUUGCCAGUGGCUUUGGGCAUUUGGGGCCAAUUUCUAGGGAGUUGCAGAGCUACAUCCUUCAUGAGUUAAAUCACGGGGACAAAAUUGCAGAUCUUCCGGAAAAUCCAGCCCUUUCCGGACUCUGCAAUGGUAUGAUCAAAGCCUGGGAGAUUAUUGGGAAACCUCAUGCUGCCAUUCUUUUUAUUGUGGAAGAUGUCACAUACAAUAUUUGUGAUCAACGUUUCCACGAAUUUGAAAUAAGAAAAAUCAAUCCUUCGAUAAGGGUUAUUCGGAAAAGUCUCACAGAAAUCUACAAAGAGGCUAAAUUGGGACCAAAUAGGGAACUUUUGGUGAAUGACACUGAAGUCAGUGUAAUUUAUUUCCGGGCUGGAUAUGAACCUGGCCACUAUCCCACUCAAAAUGAAUGGGAUGCAAGGCUUCUGAUGGAGCGUUCAUUGGCAAUUAAGUGUCCUUCAAUUCAUUACCAUUUGGCUGGAACCAAGAAAGUACAACAGGCUCUGGCUAAGCCGGGUAUUUUAAAGCGUUUCCUGGAUAAUGAUGAAAAGAUUGAAGCUGUAAAGGAGAUUUUUACGGGAUUGUAUUCUUUGGAUGCGAAUGAAGAGGGUGAAGAAGCUGUCAAAAGGGCCCUCAAGAAUCCGGAGAAAUACGUUUUGAAGCCACAGAGGGAGGGUGGUGGCAAUAAUAUCUAUGGACAAGAUAUUCCCAGUGCCUUAAAGAAAAUGAAUGCAACAGAAAGAUCUGCAUGGAUUUUGAUGGAGCGAAUUUUCCCGCCAAUUUCCAAGGGGUACAUCAUAAGACCAGGGGAGGCUAUUCCGCCCAAAGUGUCUGAUCUGGUAUCAGAAUUGGGGAUUUUUGGUGCAAUCAUUGGGGACAAGGAUAGGAUUGUGUACAAUCAUCAAGUUGGUCAUAUGUUGAGGACGAAGUUGUCAACUGCCAAUGAAGGUGGUGUUGCAGCUGGACUUGGUGCCCUAGAUAGUCCCUAUCUUAUUGAUUAAUCGCCAUUUGAAUUAUUUACAGAGGCAUUUAAUCUAUUUUUGCUACAAUGUAACGUGUUAUUAGUUAUGAAUAAAAAGAAACACGGAAUUAAAUUCUACGUCAGACAAUAAA